UGCGUUUAUGUGGAAUGUUGGACUAAAAACUCCCAUUCUUAAUCUUUCUUAAUAUCUGCAGGAUGAGAACAAGAGCCAGAAGGGGCUGCUUCAUUUUUUGCCUAACAGAUUUUUGUCUGUUUUCUUUCUGUUUUGUUAGAGAGAUUGUCAGUGAAGAACGAGUGAUGUUCCAAUGCAUUCUAUGCAACUCGCUGAUUGUCACAGGUUCUAAAUUUUCUAUCUCAGAAGUUGGAAGUUUUUUCACGCAAAAGCUGAGUCAAUGGAAGGUAGGCUCAUGGAUUGCAUAAUUCUCCAACUGGAUUUUGGCAUCAUUUCAGGAUUUCGGCAUUAUGGUCAGGCUAUAUUUAAGCCACCAAAAGCAAUGCGAGGAGGAAUCCCCAUUUGUUUCCCGCAGUUUGGAAACAGUGGAUCACUGGAGCAACAUGGGUUUGCAAGGAACAAGAUUUGGACCAUUGAUGAUGAUCCUCCACCUCUUCAUCCUGCUGAGUACAUUGGCAAAUCUUCUCUAGACUUGCUACUGAAACCAUCUGAAGAGGAUCUGAAGUGUUGGCCCCACUGGGCAUGUUUGCAUGCGGGUGGCACUAAUCAAAUCAGAUAAGUUUAGCCUGAUGUAUUUUGUUUUCUAUGGGGAG